AUGAGCUACGGCACCAUCCCCACCUCCUCCUCGUCGACCGGCAAUCCGGUGAACCUCGAGUAUAUCUCACGCGCCAAGGAACGCGUUAAGGCUGGCCUUGGCACGCGCCGCCCCUGGCGUGAGAUGUUCAAUUUCCGCUGCUUCAACCUCCCGUCCACAUCCGGCGCUUUCUCUCGGAUCAAAAAGAACUUAGCAUUCUUCCAAAUGAACUACGCAAUCAUUAUUCUGUUGAUUGUGUUCCUGAGUCUCCUCUGGCACCCGAUUUCGCUUAUUGUUUAUAUUGUAAUGAUGGCGAUAUGGCUCUUCCUCUACUUCCUCCGUGAUGCGCCACUGGUGAUCUUCGGCUGGCUAAUUACCGACCGUGUGAUACUUAUUGUGUUAUCGGUAGUUACGAUCAUUGUUCUGCUGCUGACUCGCGCCAUCACUAAUAUUCUGGUGUCGCUGUUGGUCGGAGUGGUAGUGGUUCUGAUUCACGCCGUCGUGAGAAAGACGGAUGAUCUCUAUGUCGAUGAGGAGGCUGCCGGCGGUUUGUUGACAUCUCCGCCCGGUGGUCCUUCUUCGUGA